UUCUUGAGAACAUACUUCUUUCCCUAAAGUCUUAAAAUACCAUGGAGGUUUAACCAGUUAUUUAAUGAACUCCUUUACUUAUUGACGGUUUGGCUUUUUAUAUGAUUUGACAUAACUUAAAAAAGUCAGGAUUAAUUAAAGCUUCAGUAAAACAAUAAGAUAAUAAUAGCAAUAGGAAGAAUGUCGCGUCUUGUGAACUUGCUUUGUGCAACUGUGCUUCUUUUAAACUACGUAGCUUCGGAAAUUACUGAGGAUAUAUCUGAAACAGGUCAACCCUAUGAUAUAUCUGAACAGGAUUUAUCUGAACAGGAGUUGAUGCGAACUAUCAAUCCAGAUAUAGAAAAGGCCUUGGUGACGCUUGAAAACCUAGCAGCAGCUUCCGACAAAAUAAUACGGUUCGAGGACGCCCCUUUAGCAGACGCGAAAAAAAUGUUCAGCGAAAUGGUCGAGAUACUAGACAACAUGAUCGAAGCUGUCAAGAACUCUAACAACGCUUACAAAUUCCUAAAGGCAAAGGGUCUCGACAGGAUCGUCGCGCAGAAUCUAAAGGCAGAGAACGCUGCGGUUAAAGCCCGCAUACUCAUACUCUUGAAAGUCCUAUUUGACGUCGCCCCCACUACAACAACCGCUCUCAUCCCGAUCACUAUAGUUGACAGGCUUUUAGACGUAUUUGAGCAAGACAACCUCGGUCUUAAGGCACACGCUCUAGAUGUAUUAUACGUAUGGCUGCCAGACAACCCUCGCGUACAAGCUAGAGUAAUGAAAAUCAAAGGUUUAGCACCAUUCUACGAGCAAGUCGGUAAACUAGACACGUCUGUUAUAAAAACUCUUUUGGAUCUCUUCAAUAUGAUUUUGAAGGAGCACGUGACAGCUAGGAAUGAUGUCCAACGGACCAUUGUUGAUAAUGACAAGAUGAAGUUUUACACGCGCAUAGGUUUGCUUGAGCAUAUGGCGACGCCUACGGUUUGUAAUGGCCUGCUGAAUAUAUUUUCUAAAACCUGGUCUUAUAAUACGCCAGACAACAAUAUUAUAGUCACAGUUUUCGAUAUGAUCAAGAAUAUUAAGCAGUUUUGUUUGAAGAACUAUCGAGGGAAGCCGAAGGCGAAGAAACUGUUCAGUGCUCUACAAGAGUAUGUGAAAGAGCCGGAGAAUAUUGAAUACUUUCAGUCUAAGGGAUUAAAUGUCACCGAUAUUUCGCUCAUGAUUGAAGAUUACGUCGACAAAUUGAGGUAUGUGAAAGACGAAAUGUAACCGACUUGACGAGUCCUCAAUAAAAAUGUUAUAAUUAUUUA